AUGUGUCAAUUAGAAAAAGACACAUUUUGUAAAUAAAAUGAUUUUAAUUAAUUUAUUAUAUGACACAAAGAGAAGAGGUAUUGUAUAUAUUAUUUUAAUUAUAAUAAGACACCAUAUUUCAGAGAGUGUUAAAAAUUAGGUGGUAUUCAAUAGAAGGACAUCUAUCUAUCUCCAACAAAGGCAGCAACAUAUUUGUAUCUACUUAAUCAUGUAAGAAAUAUGAAGUAUGUCAAAGUGUGAUAAGAGUGUUGCCAUGCAAUUUGCUAAAAGACGGGUCUGCAAAUGGGAUACAACAAUUGAAUAAGAUGGACCAGCCACUUGUAGAAUCCUUGUUCCUGUUCAGAAGAGAGAAGUAUUGAUCAAAUAAUAAUUUAGAAAUGCAUUCAUGGUUGGCAGAAUGUAGGGUAUGAAGUGUUUUAUUAGAACAAGGAUACAAUUGCAGAUCAAAAACAGUUGAAUUUGGAUUAUGAAAAUGAUGAGAUCUAAUAUUAAUUAGAGAAUAAUGAGAGGAUGCUCACCAAUGAUUUUAAGUAUCAGAUGAAGAAUUUAGCGAAGUUCUACAAGGAACUAAAUCAAAAAUAUAGAUUGAAUGUUCAGGAUCCGGAUUUUAAAGAAAGAGUUUAGAAAGCGAAGGAAUAGUUACAAAGACAAAGAAAUAAACCGUUGCAGUACUUUAAGAAAGAUGGUGUGAAAUUCGUAGAAUUGCUGCAUGAACUUAUUUAAGCUGAUAAACGACAACCUACAUUGUUAGAAAGAUUCAAAGCAUUCAAUCAAUUAAAAGCAUCGCAAUUUAGAAUCAAAGAGAAACUGCCUGAAAAGCUGUAUAAUAAAACAACGAAUGAUGAAGAUUCAACUCCUAGAAGCAGGAACAAAUUGCUGAAAAAAUCUUGUAAGUUUAUAGGGUAAACAAGCAGAAAUGUGACAGAUACAUUGAAAAUGAAAUUUCAAUUAAAAGAUAAAUCCUAUCAUAUGUCUAAACAAUUCGAUAAUUACACUCCAAAUCUCCUCAAAGUAUAAUCCCAAUCAUCAAUAUCUUUUCAUAAAAAGAAUAAAACAGACAACGAAGAAUAUCUUGAUCAACAACUCGAAAAAUUCGCAAGUAGAAUGAUAUAACCUCAAUCUAAUGUUUAAGAAAUUAGCACUGAAAACAUCAACAGAUUAAUUGAAGUAAUUAUUAUAAAAUACAUUGAAAGAGUAAAUCUAAUUUAAAGUAAUUAUGUCUCAAAAAGAUAUAAUCCAAAACGUUGAUUGCUCAAUCAGAACAUCGUAGUAAAACUGAGAGACAGGAAUCAGAUUGUAAUGUUUUAUUCACCUCAAGAUCAAGAGAUAAGGAUUCUACAAAGGCGUCUAUCAUUUUUAAGCGAUCUUAAUUGCUUACAUCUUUUACCAAUAAAUCAGAUUGUAUUAAAUGAUGAUUUAUAUUUAUA